AUGGAAAUCUUUAAGUGUAAAUAUGUUACCCAUGAAAAUGAAGAAAUAAUUGGAUUUUGUUUGAAUCAGAAUUGUUAAAAUGCAAGUCAAUACUGUUAUGAAUGUUUAAGUUCAACUCAUUUAGAACAUUUUAAUGAUUGUAUUCGAUUCACUAAAAUGAUCGAAUUAAUAAAUGAAUUAAUUCAAAAAUGCAAUCAAUCAAAGAUAUACUUCUAAGAAAUCUCAAAACAAUUUUAGAAAUUUUUUGAACACAUUUAAAAAAAAAUGGAUUAGGAUAUUAAGUUAUUAGAAAUUAUGCCUCAUCAACUUUUGAACCAAGAUUAUUUGAGUUUUAAUUCUUAAAUUCACAUAAUAAAGCAGCUUUACUCAAAGGAAAAAGAAAAUUAAAUAUGUGUUUAUUUAAUAAUUAUUAUAGAGAAACAAAUAUUAAAAUUGAAUAUUAUUCUAGAUACAAUAAAGAAGAUGGUACCAGAAGAAAUUGUUGUUUAGAAUUCAGGCUAGUAAAAAGAAAUUAAUCAGGUGAGUGAUGAUGUAUAACAGUAAAAUGUUAAAGAAGUUAAUAGAUUAUUAAAUGAAGGUGCUAGCUUAUAUUAAAAUUUUAGGUUUUGCAUUACAAAACUAAUAGAAAUACUAAGAAGCCAUUUAAUGUUACGACAAAGUUAUCUUAAUUAAUCCUUUAUAUUAUAUCGCAUGGAAUAAUAAGGGUAAUAAUGUUUUAAGAAUUAUUAUUUAGGUUUUGCAUUACAUAAUUAUGAGAAAUACUUAGAAGCCAUUGAGUGCUACGACAAAGCUAUCUUAAUUAAUCCUUUGUAUUAUACUGCAUGGAAUAAUAAGGGUAAUAAAUUUUUAAGGGUUAUUAUUUAGGUUUUACAUUAAAUAAAUUACAGAAAUACUAAGAGGCAAUUGAAUGUUGCAAAAAAAAAUAUCUUAAAUAAUCCUUAAAAUCAUUCUGCAUGGAGUAAUAAGGGUAAAUAAUUUGAAAAGCAUUUUAAUUUAGGUCUUGCAUUAGAUAAAUUAUGUUAAUACUAGGAAGCUAUUGAGUGCUAUGAAAAAGUUCUCUUAAUUAAUCCUUAAUGUGAUCAAGCAUGGAAUGAUAAGGGUAAAUAAUUUAAACUACUAUUAAUUAGGUCUUACAUUAAAUAAUUUACGGAAAUACUUAGAAGCAAUUGAAUGUUACGAUAAAGCUAUCUUAAUUAAUCCUAGAUGUAAUUCUGCAUGGAUUAAUAAAGGUAAAUAAUUUGUAACCAUUAUUUAGGUCUUGCCUUACAUAAUUUACGAAAAUACAAAGAUGCUAUUGCUUGUUUCAACAAAGCAAUCUUAAUUAAUCCUAAAAAUAGUUAUGCAUUGUAUAAUAAGGAUAACUAAUUUGUAAACCUAUAUUAUUUAGGUCUUGCGUUAGAUAAAUUAUAUUAAUACUAAGAAGCUAUUGAUUAUUAUGAUAAAGUUCUCUUAAUUAAUCCUUAAUAAGAUUCUGCAUGGAUUAGUAAAGGUAAGUAAUGUUAAAGAAUUAUUAUUUAGGUCUUGCAUUAUCUGUUCAUAUAUAUGACUAUAUGGCUUACAAAAUGUACGGAAAACUAAGAAGCUAUUGUUUGUUAAGAUAAAGCUAUCUUCUUUAAUCCGAAUAAUAAUUAGACAUGGUUGAAUAAGGGUAAUUUAUUUUAAUUAUUUUGAUUUAGGUCUAGCAUUAGAAAAAUUAUUUUAAUUCCAAGAAGCUAAUGAGUAUUACCACAAGGCUGCCUUAAUUAAUCCUAUAUGUGAUUAAACAUGGGUCAAUAAGGGUAUUUAAUUUUUAAACAUUACUAUUUAGGUUAGGCUUUAAGUAAAUUACAGAAAUAUGAAUAAGCUAUGGAGUGUAAUGAAAAAGCUAUUUGAUUUAAUCCUUAAUUUGAUCUUGCAUAUAUUAAUAAGGGUAACAAAUUUUUCAAUCAUUUAUUUUUUAGGUUAAGUUUUAGAUAAAUUAUGCUAAUACUAGGAAGCUAUUGAGCGCUAUGAAAAAGUUCUCUUAAUUAAUCCUAAAUGUGAACAAGCAUGGAAUGAUAAGGGUAAAUAAUUUAAACUACAAUUAAUUAGGUCUUACCUUACAUAAUUUACAGAAAUACUAAGAUGCUAUUGAGUGUUACGACAAAGCUAUCUUAAUUAAUCAUUACUUUGAAUCUGCAUAUAUAAAUAAGGGUAACCAAUUUUUAAGCUGUAUAUGUUAGGUUAGGCUUUAAAUAAACUUCAAAAAUAUAAAGAAGCUAAUGACUGUUACGGCAAAGCUAUAUAUAAUAACCCUAAAAAUGAUUAAGCAUGGAUUAAUAAGGGUAAUAAUUUUUUUUUCUUUUAGGCUAAACUUUAAGUAAAUUACAAAAAUUUACUGGAGCCAUUGAGUGUUAUGACCAAGUUAUUCAAAUUAAUCCUUAAUGCGAUAUAGCAUGGAGAGAUAAGGGUAACUAAUUUAAACUAUUAUUAUUUAGGUUUUGCAUUAUAUAAUUUACAGAAAUACAAUAAAGCUNUAUUAUUUAGGUCUUGCGUUAGAUAAAUUAUAUUAAUACUAAGAAGCUAUUGAUUAUUAUGAUAAAGUUCUCUUAAUUAAUCCUUAAUAAGAUUCUGCAUGGAUUAGUAAAGGUAAGUAAUGUUAAAGAAUUAUUAUUUAGGUCUUGCAUUAUCUGUUCAUAUAUAUGACUAUAUGGCUUACAAAAUGUACGGAAAACUAAGAAGCUAUUGUUUGUUAAGAUAAAGCUAUCUUCUUUAAUCCGAAUAAUAAUUAGACAUGGUUGAAUAAGGGUAAUUUAUUUUAAUUAUUUUGAUUUAGGUCUAGCAUUAGAAAAAUUAUUUUAAUUCCAAGAAGCUAAUGAGUAUUACCACAAGGCUGCCUUAAUUAAUCCUAUAUGUGAUUAAACAUGGGUCAAUAAGGGUAUUUAAUUUUUAAACAUUACUAUUUAGGUUAGGCUUUAAGUAAAUUACAGAAAUAUGAAUAAGCUAUGGAGUGUAAUGAAAAAGCUAUUUGAUUUAAUCCUUAAUUUGAUCUUGCAUAUAUUAAUAAGGGUAACAAAUUUUUCAAUCAUUUAUUUUUUAGGUUAAGUUUUAGAUAAAUUAUGCUAAUACUAGGAAGCUAUUGAGCGCUAUGAAAAAGUUCUCUUAAUUAAUCCUAAAUGUGAACAAGCAUGGAAUGAUAAGGGUAAAUAAUUUAAACUACAAUUAAUUAGGUCUUACCUUACAUAAUUUACAGAAAUACUAAGAUGCUAUUGAGUGUUACGACAAAGCUAUCUUAAUUAAUCAUUACUUUGAAUCUGCAUAUAUAAAUAAGGGUAACCAAUUUUUAAGCUGUAUAUGUUAGGUUAGGCUUUAAAUAAACUUCAAAAAUAUAAAGAAGCUAAUGACUGUUACGGCAAAGCUAUAUAUAAUAACCCUAAAAAUGAUUAAGCAUGGAUUAAUAAGGGUAAUAAUUUUUUUUUCUUUUAGGCUAAACUUUAAGUAAAUUACAAAAAUUUACUGGAGCCAUUGAGUGUUAUGACCAAGUUAUUCAAAUUAAUCCUUAAUGCGAUAUAGCAUGGAGAGAUAAGGGUAACUAAUUUAAACUAUUAUUAUUUAGGUUUUGCAUUAUAUAAUUUACAGAAAUACAAUAAAGCUUUUGAGCGUUACGAAUAAGCUAUCUAAAUUAAUUCUAAAGAUGGUUCUGCAUGGAUUAAAGAAGGUAUCUUAUGUUUUAAUUUAGGAGUUGCAUUACAUAAAUUAAAGAAAUACAAAGAUGCUAUUUUAUGUUACGAUUAAGCUCUUUCAAUUUAUAUUAAUCCUCUAGUAUUAAGGCUAAAAGGUAUGCAAUUCUUAAUUAAAUAUAAGCUGAUUCGCUAUUUGAAUUAGGAAACAAAAAUGAAGCUAAUGAAUUAUAUAUGGCUGCAUUGGAAAAAGGAUCAGAUUAGAAAGAUUAUGUAGAGAAAUAGCUAUAAAAGUUAUGAAGCAUUAUUAUAUCAUCAAUUUUAGAUUUACAUCUAAUAUUAUAUGAUAUUUUUAAUUUUUAACUUUAGUUUUAUAGGAUUAUAAAAUUACAAAAAAAAGAAAUUGAAAAAUCUUUGAUUUAGGAAGUACUUUUACCUACAUAAAUAUAUUCAAAAUAAAAAGUACAUUCUCAUUCCAAAAAAAAGUUUCCCUUCAAAACCUUUAUAAUAUAAGUAAGAAAUGUUGUGAAAAGCAUAAAAAUCGAAUCUUUUAUUAUUGAUUCAUAGCUUUUACAAUAUUGA